AUGCGAUGCUUCGUGUGUAACGCAAGGGUUGGGGGUGCGAAAAGGCACGGUAGUCUCACACCUGAAGAAAUUCAAGCGGCUCACCUUUCCAUUAUUAGAUUAGUGCAAAAAGAGGCAUUCACGUCAGAUAUGCAAAAUUUAAAACUUGGUAAAUCAGUUAACAAGGCUAGCAAAUUGAUUAAUUUACAUCCGUUUUUAGACAAGGAGGAAAUACUUAGAGUCGGUGGCAGGUUAAAGCAUGCUCCGAUUAGUUUUGAUCAAAAAUAUCCGAUUUUGUUACCAAGGAAGCAUCAUUUGACAGAUUUAAUAAUAGAAGGGGAGCAUUUGCGUCAAUGGCACGCUGGUACUCAGGCUACGUUACACGCAGUUCAGCAACGAUAUUGGCCUAUUGACGGUAAGAAUAGUACACGUCGUAUUAUUCAUAGAUGUAUUCAUUGCUACCGAGCAUGUCCCAAGGUAGCGUCUUACAUGAUGGGCGACCUACCUGCUGCGAGGGUCACACCAACUCGUCCUUUUGAGAAUGUCGGUAUAGACUAUUGUGGUCCGUUUUCAAUUAAAGAGAAGAAAGUUCGGAACCGUACAGCAGUAAAGGCGUACGUUGCAGUCUUUGUUUGUUUUGUGACAAAGGCAGUUCAUUUGGAGUUAACAACUGAUUUAACUACCGAGGCGUGCUUAGGAGCAUUAAAGCGUUUCUUCGCGAGAAGAGGUAUAGCCAGUCAUAUAUACACGGACAAUGCAACUAAUUUUGUAGGAGCCAGAAAUGAGAUAGUUAAAUUAAAGGCAUUUUUAUCUUCUGAUGAAUAUCGCACUAGGGUUCAAGACUUUUGCAAUAAGGAAAACGUACAGUGGCAUUUCAUUCCACCACGGUCACCGCAUUUUGGAGGCCUAUGGGAAGCCGCUGUACGAUCGUUUAAAAAGCAUUUGUAUAGAACUGUUGGAAACGGAUUGUUCACCUAUGAACAAUUCAAUACAUUUAUUAUUCAAAUUGAGGCGAUUCUCAAUUCUCGACCUCUUAUCCCACUUUCCUCGGAUCCAAACGACCUAAUUGCCCUCACUCCAAGCCAUUUCCUUAUUGGGGACUCGCUGUCGACUCUGUCAGAGGGUGAUUUUCGAGAUGUGGCUACUAAUCGCCUUUCUUUGUGGCAACACAUUGAGAAGGUCAGACAGCAUUUUUGGUCCAGGUGGCAUCGUGAUUAUUUGCAUCAACUGCACACCAGAAACAAAUGGCAUCGCGGAGAUACUGCACGUUACAAGGAGGGAGCUAUGGUAAUUGUCCAGGAGGACAACGUGCCACCGUUGCAGUGGAAAUUGGGACGAAUCGUCAAUGUACAUCCAGGGGAGGACCACAUCGUUCGUGUCGUAACAGUACGAACUGCUCAAGGGGUCUACAAGCGCUGCGUGAAGAAACUAGCGCCUCUUCCUAUUCAGGAUAACGAUUCGAGUAAUUUCUCACUCGUGUGA